CUUUCUUCAAUAGAGAAGACAAAAGAUCCAGGUAACAUAGAUACAAACAAAAUGGUCCAAUCAGAACAGAGUGGAUCACGUGACUCGCUCACGACUAACGAGCAAGAUAUAUCAGCAGACGUUCAAACCAAUAGCGGUAUCGAUAUCGGAUUAUCGAAUGUCACCGCUGUCGAACUGAAUGAGAGACCGCCCACCAGCAAAGUAACCGCGGUAAGCAUCGAAGAGAACGGCAAUGAUAUCGCCUUGCAGAAGAAUGGUGUCUAUAAUGAGCCAAACAAGAACAGCGGUGUCCAAUCUCUCGGCGAAACGAUAACAGAGGCAGAUGAUGAUGAUGACAAUCCUCAGUGUGGCUGGCACAAAUGGAGACCAAAAUGUAUUCAGAUAUGUAAUAACCCGAUCGGCUACCUCGUGUUCCUGUCCAUCUUCGUGGUUGCGCAAGGUAUGACCGUCAACGGUCUCGUCUAUGUCGUUGUUACGUCACUUGAACGUCGCUACAACUUCCCAAGCAUCCGUAGCGGCUUUAUCUCCAGCAGUUUUGACUUCACAGUGAUGAUCAUCAUUAUUUUUGUGACGUAUGUUGGAGAGAGAGGUCAUAAGCCGAUGUGGUUAGGUAUCGGAGCUUUACUCUUCUCAUGUGGAUCUUUCAUGUUUGCUGUCCCACAGUUUACCACUGGACCAUAUAGGGUGAAUGAUGGGGAAAUUCACACGGGUGAAUGCAACGCUUUCAAUCAAACUAAAGACAGUCCCGAUUCUACGGAUACCAGGGGAUUGAGCAACUAUUACUGGGUCUUUAUUGGUGCUCAAGUCUUACAUGGUCUAGGUGCAUCACCUAUCUAUACUCUAGGAAUAACAUACAUUGAUGAAAAUGUAGUUCCUGCUUCAGCAGGCAUUUAUUUAGGUGUGUUUAAAGCGUUUGCCAUAUUAGGACCAGCCUUGGGUUAUCUAUUAGGAGGUGUGUUUCUUGGGAUGUAUAUAGACCCACUUAUCAGCAAGGAUGAACUUGACAUCACACCUAAGAGUCCAGUAUGGGUAGGUGCCUGGUGGAUGGGAUUCCUAGUUACUGGUGUAUUAGCUCUUACAGUAGCUAUUCCAUUGUGUGGAUUUACACGCUCAUUACCAGGAGCAAAGAAGGUCAAAGAGCUUCGUCGAAAUGAGGCGCACAACGGCCAUGAGUUUGAGGUGCGAGCAGGCUUAAGCGAGAGCCUGAUUGACUUCCCCAGAGCCACCUGGAUGCUUAUCAGGAAUCCUGCAUUCAUGUGUGUCAGUAUGGUCACUGUCACAGAGACAUUUACUCUUGCCUCCAUUGCUGUCUUUGGACCAAAGUAUCUAGAAUCACAGUUCAAUAUGACAUCUGGCUCUGCAGCUAUAACAGCAGGCUUGCUUGUUACUCCGUCCAGUGUGCUGGGUGCGUUGGUUGGAGGUUACAUCGUGAAACGGUUUGAUCUUAAGUUCCGUGGGAUGAUGAAGUUUGUACUGGUUGCUCUCUGUGCAUCAUUUCUGCUCACUUUCACGUUCAUGAUCAGCUGCCCCAAUGCUUCCUUCGCUGGAGUCACUGUGAAUUAUGGGAAUGGGACGAUGAAAUACAGUGGUAAAGAAGCUAAUCUUACUGCAGGUUGUAACGCUGACUGUCACUGUGGUAAUGACUUCCAACCUGUAUGCGGAGAAGAUAAUAUCAUGUACUAUUCUGCUUGUCAUGCUGGCUGUAUGAAUACAGUAGAAGAUACAGAGGAGAGUGUAGAGAGAUACCAUGAAUGCCAUUGUGUUAUGAGUAAUAAUGUUACUAGCAAUCCCUUAGCACGAGGGGGCGCUAUGUCAGGGAGAUGCAUAUCAGACUGCCCUCUACGAGCACCAUUCUUUGCCCUGCUCUUCCUCAUGAUUACAUUCACAUUCUUGGCCACUGUUCCAAUGAUAACAGCAACCCUAAGAGUUGUUUCAAGAUCUCAGCGGACCUAUGCCCUUGGUCUACAGUCAUUGAUGUUCAGGCUACUUGGUAGCGUACCAGGCCCAGUUGUGUUUGGCGCCCUCAUUGACCAGUCAUGCCUGCUAUGGGAGCACCAGUCUAACGGUAGCCGCAAAUGCUGGACCUACAACAAUUCCCUCUUCAGCCGUUACACACUGACUUUGCUGGUUGUCCUCAAACUUCUCUCCAUCCUAUUCUGCAUACUUGCUGCGGUGCUGUACAAACCAAGUAAACCUUUAGUAGAGAAGGUUGAAUCCCCGGAGCAGAGUGAGGCCAAGGUGGAGAACUCUAGAACAGAUCUCUCAAUAGCAUCCUAUGAUAAUGGUAGCAGGGUAUGAUGAUUGGUUCAGAGGCAUGCAUUCUGAGCAGUGUGUAGCGUAAAUCUAAUAGCUUUAAGAUGACUGAUUGAUCACCUCAACACCACAGUAAGGAAGUAGUUCACAUUUCACCUCAGCCACUAGCAAGAAUCAUCACAUUGUCAACUAGUACAAAUAAAUGUUCAGAGGACCGAAUCUAAGUCUUAGUAAAAUGUUUGUAGGUGUCAUGUUCAAAAUGGGUAUUAUGUGUAUAGUGUAUAGAUUGGUUAAAGAAACCAUGUAAGAUGAGGUUGCUAUGAAGAACAAUGUAUUGUAUAUCAGUAAUUAUGAGUGGCUGUUUUAUCACCUUUAUUCCGUAGCUAACUCUUCCUCACUACUAGGUUGUGAAUGGUAAUAUACUACAUGACAUAGGAAUGAGUGCCUUUACAUCAUCAUCAAAGAGAGUAGUCUUAUGCACUUUCACAUACACAAUGCUACUCAUUUUCUAAUCUUCUAUAUUUUUUGACACUUGGUCAUAUUCACAUAGAUAUAGUCAUGUAUGAAAUGAGAUGAUAUUCCCCUAGUGAUAAUCAUUCAGUAUGUGGUAAUUGGAUUUUAAGAUAUUGCAUAUUCUAUAUUUCUAGUAAAAUACAGAGAAAAUUCUUAGAUUACAAUCAAUUUAUAUGCCUGUAUACAAUCCAAGAGAGAGAGAAAGAGAGAGAGAGAGAGAGUGUGAGUAAGAGUAAAUUGAAAUGAUCAACAUUUCUUGAUAAUCAUAGCCAUGCUAAAUCUGACUUUUCUCUAAUUGAAUGCAAUGUUGGUUCUUGCAGUAACCAAAUUGAUGAUUUACACUCAUGGAAUUUGAAGAGCGCCAUCAUGAGUUGAGUUGAGUGCCAUCUUGCCGGCAUGUUGGGAAACCAUUAGUUUUUUUUGGUUGGGUUUCAACUGCAGUUCCUUUUGUACAGGCUAAACAUCAGCAUUGGAAUUUAAUCAAAAUACACUCUUUGUUAAUUGGUAUUCAUGCAAUUUAACUCACCUUUAUUAGCACAAGAAAAGUAAAUUGGAAAUCUGACACAUGAACUCCAUUUCCUUCAUUGAUAACAGCUAUGACUAAAAGGCUCUGGACAGACUUCAAUAGUCUCCUGCUCGUAUUACAUAUCAUCCUGCCCUAGCAUUUGCUACAGCAUUUGUGUCAUGUGGACAUGUGAUGUGCACGUAGAUGAACUGACCCUGCCAUGGUUUUAAAAUUUAACCCGUCCAACUAUAUGAUGAUAUCAGUAUUGAUAUGUAGCAAUUAAAUCUACUCUAUUGAAAAAAAGUGCAAAUUGUUUGCCCCUUCCCCACCUCCCCCGAUUGUAUAACUUGUUUGUUGAUGACAAAGCGACUUGGGAGGUCAAAGUUCAGUUAUAGAAAAGGGUAAACUUUGAGAGAAUUGUUUUGUGUGUGAGUAAGCCAGCUAUAUUAAUGUUCAUAUGUAAUACUAUACAUUCUAGUGAUAGUAUGUCAAUUUAUUUUUACUAACUUUCUCUAUUUUGUGGAAGGAGAAUGUUGAAAGUAGAAUUAUGGUAUAUUGUUCAUAAUGAAUUGAUUUAGAAUGAUUGAAAAUUAUUUAUAAUGUGACAUUCCUUAGCUAUACCAGUGAAAGUACAUGUACAAGCAUCUAUAGCCUUUUAGCCUCAAAGAAUACUUUUAUCUGUAUAUGAAUGGUUGACUUGUAAAUUUGAAUAAUAGUUGAGACAGGCAAGUUUGUGUGUGAAUUAACACAUCCUUGGAGAGUGUUUGUUAAAUGACAUAUUGUGCCCAAUUCUUUUGUAGUUAUAACAUUUGGUAAUACUUGUAUUGUUUGUUUGUUUUUUAAUGUUCAUUGUGAGCCCAUCAAACUCUGGAUUUGUUUAUAAUUUAGAUUUAUGUAUACCUCAUUAAUCCUACUCUUGAUUUUCAUUUGUUUGGUUGGACAUAUUGUAGCAUUUUAUUAAAAAUAUAUGUAAUUUCUAUUUUAUUUAUGUAUGCAAUAUUUAUAUAUACAUACAGCCAUUUAAAAUGUAGUGCAAUUGAUACACAUGAGACAGGACAUGAGAAUAGUCCACUUUUCUUCUUUUGUGUUAUGUUUAUCUUUCUCUGAUGAAUUAUCCAUUGAUUACCUUUUGCAAGUGGUAUAAUACCCAGAUGUAAAAUAGCAGUUUUUCAAUUGUUUUUAUAAACAAGGUGACCAAACUCUUUUCAUAUUGAAAGAGAAUUUGUACAAAACUGAGCAUAGCCCUCAUUUUGCCAAAGAGUGUGGAUAUUGUGGAUGUAAUGUAAUUAACAACAAAAAAUAAGUUCAUAUUUUACAUUUAUUUAUUACUUCUUUAAUUAAACUGAUCAUUAACAUUUAUUGGAAUUGGUAAUUUCUUACAUGUAUUUCAACCAAAAUCCUAGACCGGAAUUGAGAAGAAAAAAUAUCUGCCAAAUUCACGUAACAUAUUCCACUUUGUGUCAAUCAUUUUUAAUGUAACAUAAAGAUAUUGGUGAGUAUCACAUGUAAAAUAAUUUCAUGGUCAGAUUGCUGUGUACUUUUGAUUCAUUCUUCUCACUAUUACAAAUACUUGUUUCCUCUUUUCUAGUUUCACAACCCAGUAUUAUCAUUUCUAGCAAUUGAUUGACGUGGACUAUAUUUGAUCAAAUGCAUAACAUUCUCUAAAUUAUUUUUCCUUUGUAGAAGUUAUGAGAAUCCCUAGUUUUAUUCAUGAAUGAUGAUUUUAGGAAGAGAUGGUAUUGCAUUCUGAAUGAAAGUCUGCCUUGAUAACGAGUUUGUUUAAAUUGACUGCUGGAAAUUAUGAGGAAGAUAUCUACGAAAGUAAAAUAAAUAAAACAAGAAAUUAAAAGAGUUAUGGGUACUUUAAUUCACUAUUUGUGCAAAAAAUCUAAAUCUCAUAGUCAGGUCUGGCAAUAUGGAGUUUCUUUGCCUCUCAUUGUAUAGUGUGUUGAAUGCCAAUCGCCUCAUGAUUUUAUUAAUUUAUGUUAUCAUCACAAGCAUUGCCAGGAAACAAUGAUUAGGCAUCCUGAUUUAUUUGUAGGAUUUAGCAAUUCUAGCAAUAUGGUACAUGUGUGUGUGGUCUUAAAAGGCCUAAUCCAAUUUAAAUGCCAAGAGAAAUUCAAAUGAACAUUUUCAAAUGACGUGUUUGUUUAUAACACUGAUUGAUCAUAUGUGAGGAUAGAACAAAUUAACUUUGAUAUUACUGUAUAUUAAUAUUUAUUCAAUAUAACAACUAAAUAUGUUCUAUUGAGGUAUAUGUAUAUUAUACUGGUAUGAUUUUUUUUGUAAACCAUGGUCUCUGUUCCUCGGAGUCACAAGAUAGCAACUAUUGUACUUUUGUUGUUUUGCCGUUUUAUAUGUUUAUAUGCAGUCUAAAUAUAUUUAUAUAUAAAUACCAAAUGGUGCUUAUGCCAUUAUAUGCAGUCUUUGUAAAAUAUUUGUUAUUUUUUUGUUUGAACCAAAAAAAAGGUCGGUUUAUUUGUUAAUUGUUAGUUUUAAACUAACAAUUAUUUGCCAUUUUGUAUUUUGUUGUGAUGAACAAUAUUCUGUUAAUUUUGCUAUUUUUUGCCUUAGGAAUAUGGAUGUGAAAUAUUUGCAGAGCUUAGGAGUCAUUGAUGAUUUUUUUUGCUGAAUUCUAAAGAAUUAAUAUAAUCAUAUUAUUGUACCUCCGCACAUAAUUGUUAUUGAUAUUGUUUUUAAUUUGUCAUUAUCAUGCACAUCACCAGCUUGUCAUAAGUAUGCAUUACUAGUAUCCACUACUGCCUUAUGUGUCACUUUCUUAUCAAUCAAAUACAUGUCUACUGUUCAGUAAA